AUGCCUCCGUCAUCUUCCCUCGACGCACGCGACGCAGCUAUCAAGCAGGCAAAACGCUACCUCCGCGACGCUGUCCGAAACGACUGGUCUUUUGAAAAUGAUACAUUCCAGUCGCAUCCACAUUCAGCUCUGGGGCCGCAGGAUGUCCGCGAAUGGCGACAGAGAGAAUGCGAUAGUUCGUCGUCAGAGUUGGAAGCGCAUGGUGCUUCCGUGACGGUGGAGGGGAUCAGUGUUCAGAAUCAUGCCUCCGGUCGUGACAGUGCUAUCGCCGAGUCGGAGAUGGGUUUGUCGCCCGCGGAGAAGAAAGAAAAACGGCGAAGGGAAAGGGAGGAAGAAAUAACGUGGAACAAGGGGUUGAAAAUUUGGACUGCAAGACGGGAUGCAUGGACUGGUGCUCUAAGACGGCGGGAUAUUUACAAGGACGGGGAUAAGGAUGAGGAUGAGGAGUCGUCCCAGCUUGAGCGUUCCAAGGAAUACCAGGAAAAUGGAUCUGAGCAGCAGCAGCAGGACGUCGCGUGUAUAUCGGCGCCCAGUACUCCUACGUCUCCUUCAUCAAGCAACCCACACUACGACAACCUGACGACCAGGACGGAGACGCAGCUGUCAAUCUCCGAAAAGGGCCAUGAGCCAGAAAAGCGAUCCACGGACACAGGCAUCACAGAGCCAGAGCCCUCUUCGUCCACGGCUUCAGCAUCCAAAACCCAGGAUUCAAAUUCACAUCCGACCUCCCCAGAGAAUGGGCUCCUUAUCCCCAUCGCCCCUCCCAUACUCCCUACCGAUCAUCCUAUCCGAGCAUCAAUAAACCCCUCCCUCUACCCUUCUAUUUACAGCAAGGUCGUUGUCCAGGGCCUCACGCCCACAGUCCCCAUCAACCUCUCCGACAUGACCCAUGCCUUGGUCCAGGGCUGGAAAGCUGAUGGGCAGUGGCCUCCCCGUUCAACACCCAUGCCUGCUCCUACUCUGGGGAUUCGUCGCGAUCGAAAUCGAGGACUAAACAUCACAACCACUGUCACUGCCACCACUACAUCCCCCAAGUCUUCUACACCGUUCAAUACCGGCGCUGGCGCCGGGAAUGACGUCCCCUCAUCCCCAGAAAGCAGGAAACGAUCCACUGUCGCUAGCGCCGUGAAGAAGGUACUCCAUUUUUCGGGCCUUCAUCGCCGGAAUCCAAGUCAUGGGAAUGCAAAUGUGGAUCAUCGUACUGAACGGCAGGCAAGCAUCCCUGUUGUUGAAGAGGGGGGUCAUUUAUGA